AUGGAGAAAGUUCUGUGGUUCUUUGCUGCUGCAUCAGCUCUGAGCGCCUCCCACCCUGAACGUCAGUACCAUUUCGUUUACGAGCCAAAGAACUGGACCGACGCUCAGAGCUACUGCAGAGAAAACUACACCGACCUGGUCACCGUGGACAACGAAGACGUUGUGACGAUCCUGAACAACAUGGCCGAUCUGCGGCAGAUGGACUCCUCCGCUGUCGCCUGGAUCGGUUUGUACCACAAUGAGGUCAGAUGGAAGUGGUUCUCUGAAGGUUUUUACCGGAGUGAUGAGCUGAACUGGCAGAAAUGGGAGUGGAGGGAGCCAAACCUCCAAUGGUACAUCCCGUCAUGUGGGGCGAUGGACAAAGCUGGGUGGUGGUACGAUGUGUUGUGUGGGAUGAACAAAUACCCGAUCUGCUACAAUGAGUCAGAAGAGGAGACGAGCGUUGUCUUCGUGAACGCCGAGAUGAACUGGGAAGAGGCUCAGAGCUUCUGCAGGGAUCACUACACUGACCUGGCCUUUCCCAGGAGCCAGGCAGAGAACGAGGAGAUAGCAGCAGAGAUACCAGGCGGCGUGUUGGGCUGGAUCGGCCUCUACAGAGAGUCCUGGAAGUGGUCGGACGGACACAUGUAUCUGUUUCAGAACUGGCUAGAGGCCAAACCUGACAGUCAGAGCGAGCUUUGCAGCGUUGCCAGAUUUAGCAGCUCUGGCGGCUGGGACGACUGGAACUGUGACAAACUGAAGCCAUUUAUCUGCCAUGAAGACCCUCAACCCUUCACAACACAAGUGGUGAAAGUGAAGCUGGUGUUGAACUCGGCUCUGGAUCUGAACGACCCGGCGGUUCUGGAAAACAUGAAGGCGGAGCUCCGCCUGAUGCUGGAUCAGCAGGGCCCAGACGUCAAGCUGAGCUGGAAGAAACAGCAGGACGGAAAAAUCUUCCACCAGGAGGAAGAGGAGAAGCUGCAGUGA